AUGCCUUUUGACACGAUAGAGACAGUGGAAGAUAGAAAGAGAGUAAUUAAUACUUUUCUUAAGAAUAGAUCAAUAUUAAAACAGCAACAACUAAACCAAAAAUUAAACGAGCAAUCAUUCCAAGAAUCUACUACAAAAUUACAAAAACCUGUUGUAAAGAAAAUUGAAGAAGUUCAAAAAAAAGAAGAUAAUCGACAGGAUAAACUUCUUGAGCAGUUACAAAAAAAUCAAGAAGCAUUAUCUAGUAAUAUUGAAUCACUUAGUAGUACCAUAUCACAACGACAGUCUGAAGACAGUUCAGUGCAACAAUGGUUGGACAGUCAUUCCCAAGAUGGCCUUCAAGGAAGAUUUAACCCUCAAGAAAUCGAGACUAUAAAAAAAAAUGGUUUUGAUCCCACAUUAAGCAAACCUCAAGAUAUAAAAUCUAUUAGAAGAAAAAUUAACAGUUUAACAGCACAAGCUACUCAUGCAUCUAGAAAAAAUAACUCUGUUAAAUACCAAAUAGUAAAACAAGAACAACUAACUCUAAGUAAAUAUUUAGCAGUAGUUCGUGAAAAGAAUUUGCAACAGUUAGAUCCAAUACGAGAAGAAGGAUCACAAUCAGGGUACGGAAUAUCUAUAAAAAAAAAUGUAAAACAUACUAUGAGAGAUCCUUAUUCAUUAGCUAAUAAUUCGUAUUUUGGUGAUUUAUAUAUAGAUCCAAAUAAACUGAUACAAAUGAAACUAGAAGCUUAUGAUCACAAUGGACGAAAAGUGCUUAGCAGGAAAUUUGAUAAUACAUUUUAUGAUUUAUUAACGAAGAGGUACAAUCCUAAAAAGACAUAUAGCGAUAAGGCUCAAAAAUUAUUUACUAAGCUUGUGGAAUUAUCUGGUGUACCUAUGAACAGUAGAAGCAUGAAAACCAAGAUUGGCCGUGACAAUAAAUCGUCGAAUACUGAAAAAAUACAAUAUAAGCACUAUAGUAAUCCAGAUCAGUUAUGUAAUCGACUAGAGGUAAUUUUAGGAGCGAAGGAAGCAGGAAAUAGUAAUCAACAAUUAAAUAAUGAGGCCAUAAAUAUAAUUGAUAUAUUGUAUAAUGAUAACAUAAUUACUAAAGAACAUAAAAAGGCAAUAGGAAAAGACGAAAAUUUUACGACAUAUUUUAAUCCUCCUCUGUUACUUGACAUAAAAAAGAUUUAUAAAGUAGCUCUCAUUGCUGCUGAAAUUUGGUAUUCUUGGUACAAUAUUACAUCAAAGAACAAUAAAUUUAAAUAUUUUAACGGAAAAGUUUGGAAAAAUACCAUCAUUCCUCCAGGAGCAUAUAAUGUAGUCGAUAUUCAGAAAGCGAUACAAAAUAUCAUGAAAGAAAAUAACGAUUACAUCCCUGCCAAUACAUCUGGAGACGAAAACUUGUUUCAUGUUAACAUUUCACCAAAUUAUAAUACAUUUAAGUCUGAGAUCGAAUUAAAAAAUAAUUACAAAUUGGAUUUCACAAUAGAUAAUACUUUUAGAGAUAUCCUAGGUUUUAAUUCAAGGAUAAUAUCUGGAAAUGGAAAACAUCAUAGCGAUCAGAUUGUUAACAUAACAAGUAUUAACACUAUUGAAAUACAUUGUAGUCUUGUAGAUGGUUCCUACAUCAAUGGAAAGAGUGGAGAUUUGAUACAUUGUACAUCACCAAAUGUCCCACCAGGUAGUCUAUUACAAGUACGACCAUUUCAGAAAAUGUACAAUUCGAUGAAAGUAAUGAGUGCAAUAAAUAGUGUUACAUUUAAAGUAACAGAUCAAGAUGGUAAUUUAGUUGACUUAAAUAACGAACGAGUUACCUAUUACCUCCACAUCAAGGAGUUAUAA